AUGCCAAAAUCAAUUAUGGCAUUACCUCCCGCCAUCCGAAUGAGGCGUUUGGGCUCAGGAUCCACAAAACCGCGCAACGUCGUCGAAGCCUCUCCAUGUGCAGAAGCAGUCUCAGAGCCCACAAGCGGGGAUGUUACUCCUGCUGUCGACGUUGCACAAGCCUCGCCGGCUACACCAUUGUCACUUCGAGAUGACUCGCCAGAACGGACAAGCGAAGACCCUCAACUGUCCCAUAAGCAGAUUAAAGGCUUCGCAGGACUCUUUCUAUUGUGCACUAUCGGCUUUGCCGUCUCGAGUGAGCUGGUUCAGUCUAAUGAAAAAAGGCUGUCCCGUUCCUAUUCGGAUAUCUUCGACCCUGGCUGCAUUGACAAACUUGGUGACUCUGGAUCUCCAGGCAUUGCGCAGGCUUUCAAUCUGGACCUCACCUUCGGCAACUUCACCUUCACCCAAGCGAAACUCAUCGAUGUGGCGUGGGAUACGACCGUUGGCCAAGGUGGCAGACUGCUCCAUGGCUGGAUCCUGUAUCGUUGUGUCAUGCGUCGCCUGCUGAUCUAUGCCAUGGAGCAUUAUCAUGUCACUUGCAGGUACUACCUUACUGUGUCUUGGUCGCGAGCAUCGUUCGAGUCGCUCUACGGAAACAUCGUCCCACUGGAUACGCGCGAUCUGGCCCUAUGCUGGGUGCUGGAUGGCAGCAGGUUCGACUCGCCGGACGACCACGUCGAAAUCGGCCCGGACUUCUCCACUCUAGACUCUUUAGCGAGAUGUUUUACUUACACCGACAAAACACCCUGCAUCAACGAGUCCUCUACUGGAGAUAUCAUGGGGACUAAUCUCCCUCCCCGGCGGCUACUUUACACGUCCGGCGGCUGGAAGGUCAAUACGGCGACAACUAUAUGGGACCAUUUCGGGCUGAUAAAUGGUUCAAAUAACGUGAAAAAUAGUUCUGAAAACUUCCAGAGCAUUCGAGCUUACGCCAUAACGAAGCAGCUCUUACAAAUCUCUCUUCAUCCCCAAGGAUGGCUUGUAAAUGGCUCUCAAGCGGCCCUACGACCUGAAGUCGUUGACCAGGGUGGCAUCAGACUCGAUUGGUGGAUCAACAGCAACAAAACUUGCACGUUCAGGGACUUUUCGGGCCUCAAUCCCUCCCUGGAUGCUGCCCAGGUCGUGUCGCCCCAGGCCACACCUAUUCCAGCGGACUCGCAGUUGGCGCUCGAAUUCGAAGUCCCCGAACAAAUGUCCUGGGCUCAUUUCUCUCUCGGCAACGUAUCGGGCGAGGCGCUACUUCCAGGACAGAUGCCGUACAACUCGACAAUAUGGCUGAACGGCAGCGCAAUUUCGCUAUCUGCUCCUUUUGUUGACAUCGGCCACAACUGUUCCGGCAGCAGCGGCUUCGCGAGCCUGGGUAAUUGCGUUUGCUAUAAGGGGCAGCCAAUUUCCCUUGAACUGCUGGGCGAGGGAAGGGCAAUAUGCAAUACUGCACAGGGCUAUGUCUGGGGAUUCUCAAGCUACCUGGUCCGAUUGGGGCUCGCUUUCGAGGCUACGUGGAUGGCUUGCUGCUUCACAUGCUACCUGUGGCUCUCACUGCGGAGCGGCCUGGUGAGGCAGAAGAUUAUGAGGAGUGCAGGGCCCGUGAAAUUUGCUCUGGAAUUUGCCGAGGCGCUGCGCGAGAUUGAGCAUGAUGCUCCUGAGCUAUCCGAGGACGGCUUGAUGGCGAGGCUAGAUGAGAUAGACGUUGGGUAUCGGCGACCAAAUACACUGGGGGAGCACCAACAGCUCCGUCAUCGUGUAGUCGCCAAGCGCGAAGAGCGCCCGAAAGACCUCAAGAACUGGAUUGAUGAGACCUGGAGGCGACGAAAACCCACGGAUGAGGAGGUGUACGAGGACCUGAACUGGCAAAUAUACCAACGCUGCCUGGUCCUCUCCACAAUGGCCAGCGGCGAUGCAGAGAAGGCGACUCCUUUCGGAGACCAAGAAACUUCGGCCCCAAGCGACACCUCAAUCUCGAAUCACGAGAGCUCCUCCAGCAGCGUAUCGGAGCAUUCUGAUGGUCUCUUUGGGCUUCCACCCGAGAUUCGCCUAAUUAUCUGGGAGCUGCUGCUUCCUGAUCGGAGAAUCUUGAGAGCACAAAUCAAAGGCACAAGUGAUCAGCAAACCCCCGAUGCACAGAAACCACGCCUUGAGUUCGACGACCACCCAAAGCAGCCAGUUCUGUCGCAGAUCUGCCAAGAAAGUCGAGCCUUCAUCCUGGAUCGGGGAAAUUUCAUCUUCAAAAACGUCAACGAUGGAGGUUUCUGGUGGAGCACAGAGCACGAUGUGUUCCUCGUGGACUGGCCAUGCCGCUUGAAUCUCUUAUCAGACGCUCUGGAUGGCCUAAACGGCCUCACCAUGGUCCGGAACAUUGCUGUUGAUAGUUUCCAGGCCGCACACCUACAUUUCCAAGCACAGUGCUUUGUUGCCCACGAAGAAAAGGCCAGCGACAAUGAGACUGACGAAGAGCACAUUGACGAAGAGGAGGACACUGACGAAGAGGAUGUCUUCGGAGAUAGGACUGAGCUUGCAUUCAGGCACCCAGCCCGGUGGCUGUUUUUCUGGCGCACAUUCAAUGUUUGGACUGCAGUUGAACACCCAAUCCCGCGGUUCUUCCCACAGAUUAGCAGGCUCACGAUUCACUUCACACAGCCUUCUCACGACCACUGCGACCGUGGCCGAUCGUGCGAUCUUCUGGAAUCUAAAUGCAGCGUGACGUUCGACAUCCCCUCCAAAGAUUCCAAUACGGUCGACCGUGUUAGAGACUUUAUUUCACUCUGGAGGGACGGGAAAGAGGAAUCGGAAUGCCACACCUACUGCAAGACCUGGAAUUGGAUAGUGGAUUUGGGUGAUCCCUUCCCCGGCUCAAUCGAGUUUUACAGGGACUCUUCGUUUCAAGACGAUGGAUACCAAAUCAAUUACCUCUGGGACUGUGAUUGGAACCAUCGCUCAAUGUCGCUACAUCCUCAGUAG